CCCCCUCCGGGACUCGCUUCUAGCGUCUCCGCCCCGACCCGCCGUUCCCGCGUGCACUUGAAGAUGGCGGCUGCUGCCGGGAGGUUGUUCCGGGCCUCGGUUGCCCGGCAUGCAAGCACUAUCCCUCAGGGUAUUUCUACCUCUGCAGCCCUUAGGCAUGUUGCUUCUAGAAGAACGUGCUUGACAAACAAACUGUGGUCUGGCUCUACUCAAGCAAAAUUCGCCUUUAGCACUAGUUCCUCAUCUUAUGCUCCCGCUGUCACCCAGCAUGCACCUUAUUUUAAAGGCACAGCUGUUGUCAAUGGAGAGUUCAAAGAGCUUAGCCUUGAUGACUUUAAGGGGAAAUACUUGGUGCUUUUCUUCUACCCUUUGGAUUUCACCUUUGUGUGUCCUACAGAAAUUGUUGCUUUUAGUGACAAAGCCAAUGAGUUUCACGACGUGAACUGUGAGGUCAUUGCCGUUUCGGUGGACUCCCACUUUAGCCAUCUUGCCUGGAUCAAUACGCCAAGGAAGAAUGGAGGCUUGGGCCACAUGAACAUUGCACUCUUGUCGGAUUUAACCAAACAAAUUUCCCGGGAUUAUGGUGUGCUGUUGGAAGGUCCUGGUCUUGCACUCAGAGGUCUCUUCAUAAUUGACCCCAAUGGAGUCAUCAAGCAUCUGAGUGUCAAUGACCUGCCAGUGGGCCGGAGCGUGGAAGAGACCCUCCGCUUGGUGAAGGCGUUCCAGUUUGUGGAAACCCAUGGAGAAGUCUGCCCAGCAAACUGGACACCAGAUUCUCCUACUAUCAAGCCAAGUCCAACAGCUUCCAAAGAAUACUUCGAGAAGGUCCAUCAGUAGAUGAUCUGUGUGCACCUGAACCUUCACUACAGAAAACAACCUCAGCUGGCGCCCUUUUUGCAUUUCAAAGAUUAUUUAUAGAAGGAAAAACCCAAUCAUGCUUGUAUUUAUAGAUACUACUCUUUAUUUCUCUUUAACAAAGAAACCCCUCUUGUUUCCAUUUCCUGGAGAGAUAUCAUUCUUAAUGUUUUCUUUUUUGUAACACUGGAAAAAGUAGUUAGUAGCCAACAGAAGUCCUUUAUUGGCAAUGUCCUUAUUGAUCAUGUCUUCAGUGGGCAAAGAAAACACUUCCUCCUUAGCCUUCCAGACUUUCGUUGCUCCAAAGUAACCCAAGUACGGAAGGCUUCUGAUCAAGAGUCCUGAUUUUUCUUCUUGAAGUUCUUUGUAUUAAACUGAAUUUCCUUUAAGACAACAUAGCUUUAUGUUAUUAGGCUCUGCUGUCCAAGCUAACUCAAAAUGGAUGUCUGUGUGAUGGAAACAAAUGUGAAUUGAGACUAAAACACGGUGGAAACGUGACUUAAUUGAUCAUGCAUGACCCUGUCCCUGAGGUUUCUAGUUUACAGUUAUUUUAUUCACUAGCUGACUUAGUUCAGUGUGUAUUUUCAAAUAAUGAUUAGAUGUAAUUAUAAAGGAUCUAUAUUAAAUCCAGAGAUUGAAUUUUGAUUCAAGUGCUUGAUGUAAAAUAUAAAAUAAACAUACUUUAAAAUACUUGAA